AUGGCGGCCGACCUGGUGGCUGGGCUGCGCCAGCUGGUGCAGCGCUACGACAGCGGGGCGCAGUGCGCCCCCACGCAGGACCCGUGCGUGACUUGCUGCAUGGUGAGCGCGCCCCCCAUAAUGGCGCCUACGGUGCCCCAGCCGGUGAAGCCGCUGCAGCUGCCGUGCGCCGCGCCCAGCAGCCAGCAGCCCGCCAUGAGCGAGGAGGAGGCGGAGAGGACGCGCUACUCCAACUUCUACAACAACUACAAUGUGGACUGGCACGCGGAGGCCAGCGGGGGGGCUGGGGCGGACCCGCGCCGCGGGCGCUGCAACGGCGUGACCACCGACGGCCGAAGCCCCUGCUGCGGCAAAAAGCCGCCGCCCCCCGCCGAGGACAAGGGGUGCCCGACGGGGUUCCAGCCCUGCACGAUGCGGCUGACGCCGCCGCCCGGCUGCCACCCGUGCGGCGUGUGGGGCGCCCAGAUCCAGCCCUGCCCGCCCAAGGCCAAGAAGAAGCGCGCCCAGUACCAGCCGGGCGCGUGCGUGCGGCCCUGCUGCAAGCACUGGGCGCCCAAGGAGGACGCCUGCCAGUACGACGAGCCCUGCCGGGCGCAGUGCGUCAACCACCCGCCCGGCAUGAAGCCCAAGAAGCGCGCCAGCGCGGCCGCCUGCUAAAUAAACGCGUUCGCUGAAAUAAUA